AAGCUGAUUGGCUGAGGUCUCGGGGGCGGGAUGAAGCCUCUCAGUCACUCUGCUUGUUUGACUAGCUAGACUACCUUUAUAGACUACCAUUGACGUUACACUGUUUACUCUGCACUAUCUUUCCGCAGGACAAUUAAAUAAUAAUAAUCAUAGCAUUUAGCAGAGAAGAGUAGAGUGAAAUGAGAGCUGUUCUGAUAUUCCUCUACAUCUCUACUUCAGUCCCUGGUAUCAGAGGCACACUUUCAAAAACAGAUGCCAAAAAACUCAACAAAGUGCCGGAAGCUGAGACAGCUAUAGCGGAGCAGCCGGUGCAGGAGCGGGGUUUGGUAGUGACAACUCUUCAGUGGAGGGAUGUAGUGAAAGAAGAGAGAAGAUUUUGCCCUCACGCCAUAUCAACACGCCACUUUCAGGGAGCAGUGCUGGGUUACGUCACACCGUGGAACUCUCAUGGAUACGACAUUGCGAAGGUUUUCGGGCCUAAGCUGACCUCUGUGUCUCCAGUAUGGCUCCAGAUCAGACGCAAAGGACCAGAAAGCUUUCAUAUCACCGGCCUGCAUGACAAUGACCAGGGUUGGGUCAAGGCUGUGAAGAAAGCAAACAAAAAAUCUAAAAUAUUACCUAGGCUAUUAUUUGAUGGCUGGUCUUAUCAGGACUACAUGAGCGUCCUGGACAGUGAGGAUGAGAUUGAGGAGAUUGGUCGAGAAAUUGUUCAGGUGGCAAAGGCUGAAGGAUUUGAUGGCUAUACUCUGGAACUGUGGAGUCAGCUGGGAGGAAACAAGAGAACGGAGCUGGUCCACUUGGUUACACACCUGUGCAAGUACCUGAAGGCUGGGAAGUUUUCCUGCAUUCUUGUCAUCCCUCCUUCUGUCAUUCCUGGGACAAACCAACCUGGCAUGUUUGGAAGGGAAGACUUUGAAAAACUGGCUCCUGUCGUUGAUGCAUUCAGUUUGAUGACCUAUGACUAUUCCAGUCCGGGCAGACCAGGUCCUAGUUCUCCGCUGCCCUGGAUGCGAGAUUGUGUGCUGCAGCUUGCCCCACAGAGCCAGUGGAGAUACAAGAUCCUACUGGGCCUAAACCUGUACGGCCUCGACUUCACUGCCAAUGGGGGAGGUGAGCCCCUGCUGGGGGGCAGGUACAUCGAAAUUCUGAAGGAAGUCAAACCAAAGCUUAUUUGGGAUGAGUAUGCAGGAGAACACUAUUUUAAUUACAAAAGAAGUUCGGUGAAGCAUGCAGUCUAUUAUCCAACUCUGAAGUCUCUCCAACUACGACUUGAACUGGCAACAGAACUGGGUACGGGAAUCUCUCUGUGGGAACUUGGACAAGGCUUGGACUAUUUCUAUGACCUUUUGUGAAUUGGAUUGAGACUAACAAACACAUGUGGACACACACACAGGCAAUGUGAUUCCUUCUUCCAAACACUGAUGGGUUACGGUACAUUGUUAUUUAUGACAAUGCCAGUGCUGAGCAUGCCAAUAAAAUUAUUUUUAUCAAUAAAAAUAAAAAGGAAAAAAGCCA